AUGGAAGCCAUUAGAAAGCAAGCGGCGAAGCUCAGAGAGCAAGUCGCGAGGCAACAGCAAGCGGUUUUGAAGCAUUUAGGGCAUGUUAAUGCGGAUGCUGUUGUUGUUGAUGAAGAAGAGCUUCACUGUCAUCAGAAACUUCAAGAUCUGUAUAGCUCUACUAAGGCUGCAAAGCGUUUGCAAAGGAAUCUUGUUCGUGGACUCGAAGGUUUCAUUGCAACAGGCACCAAAGUUGUAGAGAUAGGGUUGAAGUUUGCUGAAGAUUUUAAGAAGUAUGGCGACGAGAAUCCGGAUGCCAACACUCCUCUCUCAAGAAUUGCACAUCACUUUGGGAACUCUUACAAGUCGGUUGAAGAAGGGAGAGAAUCUCUCCUCGGAAUUCUUAGUGAGCAGGUUUGUGAUCCAAUUCGUACAAUGAUAUAUAGUGCGCCUUUGGAGGAUGCUAGGCAAUUAGUGAAUCUCUAUGACAGGCUGAGACAAGAAGUCGAAGCGCAGGCAACAGAUGUGUUGAGGAGAAGAUCAAAGUUGAAGGAAUCUGAUGUCUCUGAAGAAACCUACAUGAAGCUUAAGAAUUCAGAAUCGAGAUUGGCUGAGCUCAAAUCAAGUAUGAAAACGCUUGGCAAAGAAGCUACUAAGGCCAUGUUAGAAGUUGACAAUCAGCAGCAGAACAUAACUUCUCAGCGCUUACGUGCUCUGGUUGAAGCCGAGAGAACGUAUCAUCGUAAUGCUCUUGAUAUCCUCGAUAAGCUAUAUUCCGAGAUGAUUGCUGAAGAAGAAGCUAUAGAAUCAUCACCAAAAUCGCUACCUUUGCAUUUAGAGGAUAGUGUAUCUCAUCCCAAAGAAGAAACGAAUCCAAAUCCUCGGGGAGAGAUCAAACCAAAUCACCAAGAAGUAGCCAAAUCCAAUGCUCAGGACGAACUGAAGUCUAGUCCUGAAGUAGAAACUAAAACCAGUCCACAGAAAGAAAUCAAGUCUAGUCCACAGGAGGUGUCCAAAAAGUCCAAUGGUUCUGAUGAUCAUCAACUUCUCAGUCAAAAUGAUUCCUACUUUCUUGCAAAGGUUGUGCACCCUUUUGAUGCUCAAGCGCCAGGUGAACUGAGUCUAGCGGUUGAUGAUUAUGUAAUCGUCCGACAGGUGGCUGGGACAGGCUGGUCAGAAGGAGAAUACAAGGGCAAAGCCGGAUGGUUUCCAUCUGCUUAUGUGGAGAAACAAGAGAAAGCUCCUGCAAGCAAGAUUGUGGAAGCAAAUCUCAAGCAGUAA